AUGCCACCCAGAUUCCUUCGCGGUAGAGGCAAAGGACCCGUGUCAGGUCAUGAUCACGAGGCCGGGCCGUCGCAUCGACGUACUCCUUCCAUCACCAUGAGCACCAGCCCGCAAGAGCCAUGGAAGCUCUAUAUUGAACCUGGAAGGCGAUCAGUAUCCCUUAGCUCCUCUCCUUCGUACCAACACUCAUUUGGGCCCCAUUCAGAAAACGAGCCCAACAACCAGCCGCCAGCUUUCAUACCUUUACAGAGAUCCAACUCUCAUCAUUCUUUUAGCGACCCAACACCCGUUUUCCAAAGCCGAUUUAACCCGGCUAACCUUCUGCCAGAACCCGUGGGUUUUAACCCACUUGGACCGGAAGACCACUUUUCAGGGGAAAACGACAUGGAUGAGGAUACUGACCCCGUGGAGCCUGCAUCAGGAACGCCGAAUCAUCCCAUUGAGAUCUCAGAUGGGUCAUCAUUCCAUGGAUCGCCAUACCGCGGACCGGACAGUUUUAUGGAGAAAUUCAAUCAGUAUGAUUGGUAUUUCACCCCGUCUGAGCACUCGCAUCACGAGCAGCAACAGGAUCCUUCGGUGGGUCAUCAAUUUGUGGCAGUCACGCCGCCGCCACCACCGCCACCGGCGCACACCCACUACAACUACAACUACGGUUAUGCGGAGGUAGAUCCGUACCAAGUAGCUCGGGACUACAAUGCCCUUCAUCCUGAAGGAACAUAUGGAGGGCCAUGGACUACUGGUUACCCGACUUAUGGGUACCAGCAUCAGCCACCUCCUCCACCGGUGUAUCAGCCGCCACAGCCACAGAUUCAGCAGGAAGUCCUUGAGAGGCUAAACCAAGUUGAACAAGAAGUUCGUGAAGACCGCAGAGAGCGGCAAGGUUUCUUCAAAGGGUUGUCAGACUUGCUUAAGGGGAAGUCGAAAAGGAGGGGUCAUUGA